AUGUGUAAGAGGACAUUCUACACAAGACCAGAGCUAAAAACCAACACAGCAUUCCGAGAUGUUGUAGAUUAUGUUAACAGGAUCAGAGUCAAAAACAGAGAAAAGUCCCCUGCCGAAGCAGGAGAAGUGGUCUGUGACGUCUGCACUGGGACGAAGCUCAAGGCCUUGAAGUCCUGCCUGGAGUGUCUGACCUCUUUCUGUGAGACUCACCUGCAGCCUCAUCAGAGAGUCACCGGCCUGAAAAGGCACAAGCUAAUAGACCCCGUUGAGAACAUGGAGGACAGGAUGUGUAAGAAGCAUGACAGACAGCUGGAGCUGUUCUGUAGGACCGACCAGACUUGUGUGUGUCAGUUCUGCACUGAGGCAGACCACAAGACUCACCACACCGUCCCUCUAGAGAAAGAGUUUGGAGAGAGGAAGGCUCAGCUGGUGAAGACGGAGCAACAUGUAUGGCAGAUGAUCCAGGAGCGACUAGAGAAGGUUCAGAAGAUCAAACAUUCAGUAGAGUUCAGCAAGAUAGAUACACAGAGAGUGAUGGCAGACAUUCUGCAGGUUUUCACUGAUCUGAUGGAUUCCAUUGAGAAAAGCAAGAAGGAGCUCAUUGAGGAGGUUGAGGAGAAGCAGAAAGCAGAAGAGAAUAAGGCUGAAGGGUUUAUUAAAGAGCUGGAGCAGGAAAUCAAUGACCUACGUAGGAGAAACACUGAGUUGGAACAGCUCUCACACACUGAGGACCACCUCCACCUCCUCCAGAUCUUCCCAUCCCUGUACACCACUCCAAACAUCAAGGACUGGUCUGAGAUCAGUGUUUACAGUGAGACGUGUGUGGGGAAUUUGAGGAGUGUUUUGAGAAGCUUUGUGUCUGAGCUGGAAAAGACAGUGAGGAGAGCAUUUUCUGAAAAAUUCAAUAAUGCAAUGGAGGACUUUCAUGACAUCAAUCUGAAAAAGAUGCAGCAGUAUGCAGUGGAUGUGACUCUGGACCCUGAUACAGCAUAUGACAGGGUCGUCCAAUCUAAGGACAAGAAACAGUUGAGAAAAGGAAGAAAAAAUCUCCCUGACAACACAGAUAGGUUUCGUUGAAGUUAGUCUGUCCUGUGAAGAGAGGGCUUCUCCUCAGCGAGAUUCUACUAUGAGGUGUAGGUGGAGGAGAGGACUCGCUGGAAGUUUAGGGUAGUAAUUCCAAUUUGAUUUGCAGUGUUGUUCCUACACAUUAAUCACGUUGAGUCAAAAUGAGGGAAUGACCAGUCCUUUGAGGUUUUUGGAUUGAAGUUUACACACCUUGAGUGAUAUAUAGAAAUGUGCUGAAUGAUGUAUGAAGGAGUGUAUUGUUGUUUGUUUGUUUGCUUUGUUUGAUAAAUAUCACCAGAUUGGGUCUGCUGGAUGAUCGAGAUUACUCCCUAAGGAUUAGUGGUGACUCUGCGAUGAGGUUGACAGUGUCAUAGUGGGAGCAUAAGCCAAUUUUGAAAAAUUGUUUCAACAGAAUGUGUUU